AUGACAAAGUGGAGUGAAAGCGCGAUUGCGAGCAACGACGACGGGCAGAAUAGUGUUGACCCCACGGGUGUGAUAAACAAUCAACGGCAACAAAACCAGCCGAUUAUCCCCGUGUCGGCGGUCCACUAUCAGCAGCAGUUUAUUCCCGUCUCUGCCGCCCAGCAACAGCAGUACGCGCCUUUCCCGCCCCACCAACCGCAAGCACAGGUCGGUAGCGAUGUGUUCGUGCAAAUUUUGCAAAUGAUGCAGCAGCAGCACCGAGAGAUGAUGACCCAACUGAUUCAACAGCAGCAGCAAAGUGAUGAGAAGCAUGAACGCUUUCUCCGUACGAUCGCAUCGUCAAUCAACGUGCAGGUACCACCGAAUCCGGAACAGAUCCUUGACUCUUCGGCCGGCAACAUCAAGGAAUUCCGGUUCGAGGCCGACUCCAACGUGACGUUUGCGGCUUGGUACUCGAGAUACGACGAUCUCUUCGAGAAGGAUGCUGCUAGAUUGGACGGUGAAGCAAAGGUCGUCUUCUUUUGCGAAAGCUGGGUGCAUCGGAGCACGAACGUGGCCAAGCUCAAGAGCCUGUUCGGAGCAAAAGAAUCGGUGAUCAGCCGUCGCUACCGAUGCCUGCAGAUAGCGAAAAAUCCUGCAGAGGACCAUGUGGCAUUCGCUUGCCGCGUAAACAAGGCUUGCGUGGAGUUUGAGCUGGGUAAGCUCUCGGAGGAGCAAUUCAAGUGCUUGGUCUACGUGUGUGGUUUAAAAUCGGAGAACGACGUCGAGAUUCGCACCCGCCUCCUCACGAAAAUAGAAGAGAGAAAUGACGUGACGUUGGAGCAACUUUCGGAGGAAUGCCAGAGGCUGUACAACCUGAAGCACGACAGCGCCAUGAUCGAAUCUCCGUCUACGUACGACCAAGUACAAGCGAUAAGAAAAUUUGGUGGGAAGCGUGCCAGUGCCAAACCCCGAAAAACUGGAAGGAGGCGCAGGAAGCAACCAGUGUCCGCCAAGGUGGUGGUAGUCGAUGUGUGCAGUGUGCAGCAACGACGCAGAUAUGUCUCCGUGGGCUUUUCUGGAACAAAAAUUCGCCUGCAACUCGAUACCGCCUCAGACAUCACCGUCAUUAGCAGGGAGAUUUGGCGGAGCAUUGGCAGUCCUGCGUUAUCGUCAGCAACGGUGAAGGCGAAGACGGCAUCUGGCAGCAUACUAUCGCUCGAUGGGGAGUUCGAGUGCGACGUCACCAUCGGAAGCAGUACACGACGUGAGCUCAUCCGUGUAACCGAGAAGCAGCUGCUGUUACUCGGAUCCGAUUUGGUCGACAGUUUCAACCUUUGGGCCGUCCCUAUGGACACCUUCUGCUGCCACGUGUCUGGAACGCCAGUGUCGACAGGUGCACUCAAGUCGUCUUUUCCAGAGGUCUUCAGCGAGAAGCUCGGCAUGUGCACCAGAACAAAAUUGAAGUUGGAGUUGAAAGAAAACGUUCGACCCGUCUUCUGUCCGAAGCGUCCGGUAGCUUACGCUAUGUAUGAUACCGUUGAUCGCGAGCUCGACCGGUUAGAGAAAUUGGACAUCAUCACCCCGGUCGAUUAUUCGGAGUGGGCCGCUCCGAUCGUCGUAGUCCGCAAGUCCAAUGGCUCCAUCAGGAUUUGCGGAGACUACUCAACGGGUCUGAAUGCAGCUCUCCAAUCACAGCAGUAUCCACUUCCACUUCCGGAUGACAUCUUCGCCAAGCUGGCUAAGUGUAAGAUCUUCAGCCAGAUAGAUUUGUCCGACGUCUUCUUACAGGUGGAAGUUGACGAGCAGUACCGUAGUUUGCUGACGAUCAAUACGCAUCGUGGUCUCUACCUCUACAACCGCCUGCCGCCGGGUUUGAAGAUCACGCCUGGCGCAUUUCAGCAGCUCAUCGACACAAUGUUAGCCGGACUGAAGGGCACUUCUGGCUACCUCGAUGACGUCAUCGUCGGCGAAGAAACUGAAGAGGAGCACGACCUCAAUCUACGGGGUGUCCUGAAGCGAAUCCAAGAUUUCGGAUUCACGAUUCGUGUUGACAAGUAUUUGUUUCGCAAGCAGCAAAUCCGAUACUUGGGGCACAUCGUCGACAGUCGCGGGUUGCGACCAGAUCCGGCGAAAAUCGAGGCGAUCACCAAGCUGCCGCCUCCAGCCGAUGUAUCCGGUGUGCGAUCGUUUUUGGGGGCCAUCAACUACUACGGCAAGUUCGUCCCCAACAUGCGCAUGCUACGCUACCCGCUCGACAAUCUCCUCAAGGUGGAGACGAAGUUCAGCUGGAGUCCGGAGUGCCAGAAAGCGUUCGACCGGUUCAAGCAGAUUCACUCGUCGGAUCUUCUCCUCACACACUACGAUCCGAAGCGGGAAAUCAUCGUUUCUGCUGACGCUUCAUCCGUUGGACUUGGGGCUACCAUUAGCCAUAGGUUCCCAGAUGGAACCAUCAAGGUGGUCCAACAUGCAUCCAGGGCGCUCACAAAGGCAGAACAGGCCUACAGUCAGCCCGAUCGCGAAGGUCUGGCCAUCAUCUUCGCCGUCACGAAGUUCCACAAAAUGCUCUUCGGACGGCACUUCCGUUUGCAAACCGAUCAUCGCCCGCUGCUUCGUAUCUUCGGCUCUAAGAAGGGAAUUCCAGUGUACACUGCGAACCGCCUGCAACGCUUCGCCCUCAACUUGCUGCUCUACGACUUUGAGAUCGAGUACGUGUCCACUGAGAAGUUCGGCAACGCAGACCUGCUCUCCCGGUUGAUCGACCAGCACAUCAAGCCUGAAGAGGACUACGUCAUCGCGAGUCUCAAUCUGGAAGAGGAUAUUAGGUCAGUAGUAACUAAUACGGUUAAAGUGUUGCCUCUCAAUUUCAUAGUCGUUGCGCAAAGCACCCAAGCAGAUCCGCUGCUCCGUCAAGUCCACCGCUACGUUCAGAACGGCUGGCCCCAGUCAACACUCGAUGGGUCAGAACUUCGCCGGUUCCAAUCAAGGCAGGAAUCGCUCUCUGUGGUGGAUGGGUGUAUUUUGUUUGCCGAACGACUCGUCAUUCCGUCGCUGCAUCGGAAACGGUGCCUCGAACAGCUGAACCGUGGCCAUCCGGGCAUGCAGCGAAUGAAAGCCAUCGCUAGGAGCUACGUGUACUGGCCUACGUUGGAUGCUGACAUCGUCAGCUUCGUCAAGGCAUGCCAGCAGUGUGCGUCUGUAGCUCGAUCACCUCCUCACUCUCCACCGGUGUCGUGGCCCAAAUUGACCGCUCCGUGGCAACGCGUCCACGUCGACUUCGCCGGUCCAAUCGAAGGCGACUACUACCUGCUCGCUAUCGAUUCGUUCUCUAAGUGGCCCGAGAUCAUCCGAACGACCCGCAUCACCUCUGCUGCGACCAUCAGCAUCUUGCGUGCGUUGUUCGCGCGGCUGGGUAUGCCCGUAACCUUGGUCAGUGACAACGGUACCCAGUUUACCAGCGCCGAAUUUGCCGAUUUCUGCGCUUCCAAUGGCAUCGAGCACCUCACGACAGCACCGUUUCAUCCACAAUCAAAUGGCCAGGCGGAACGAUUCGUGGAUACCUUCAAGCGAGCCGUCAAGAAAAUCCGAGAGGGGAGAGGAUCCAUUGAAGAAGCACUGGAUGUCUUCUUGCUGACGUACCGAAGCACGCCCAGUCGUGCUCUGCCGGAUCAGAAGUCGCCAUCUGAGAUCAUGUUUGGUCGCAAAAUCCGAACGUGUCUCGAGCUUCUGCGUCCACCACCGGUACGUGUCCCAGUGCCAACCGACGAUGACCGCAAGCAACCGAGGUCCUUCAACCGAAACGAGACCGUGUACGCCAAACUACAUGGUCAUACCGGUUGGAAGCCACCUUAA